CCCACAUACUCAUCAUAUACCAUAAAAUAUGAGAUUAAGUCACACUUUACAUUUUACACUCCAUCCAUUCUCUCUCAAUUUCUUCCGACCUAAACUCACCGGUAAAUAAAUUCCGGCCAACCCAACAUGACUUCCACAUGCAUGUCAAGAUGCAUCGCCAACGACGCCCGCAUGCCCGUUCGGGCCACUUACGUUAACCUCUACAAAUGGCCCGAUUCAGACCGCGAAUUCGUCCGGUCAGUGAGCCAAAACAGCCACCUGGAGAACCGAAACGGCCAGGGCCACCCGCGGUUGGUCGAUAGCAUCUCCUGCCGCCAACUUUACCUCCGAAGCUACACGUUCUCGCGAAAAGAGAGUUUGAAUGAGAGAACUAUGAAAUGUAUUGGGAGAGUUAAGGAAAGAGCUAAUGUUCGUGGGAAACCGGGGAAGUCUCCGGCGAGUAGUGACGGUGGCGGGCGGCGAAGAGACGGUGGAAAGAGGCGGAGUAGGAGGAAGUGUACGAUGGUUAUGAAGGCUAGGGAGGCAUCGUAUGCUGCCUUGGCUUCUAUAUUUCGUAGGUUGUUAUCUUGCACUACAAAGGUUGAUGUUGUGGAUUAAGUUUUGAUCAAAUGCAUGAAGAUCUAGACUUGUUUUUAUUUUAUUUUUUUUUUAUGGUGGCUUCGAUUUUAUGUUUUUUUUUUUUUUUUUUUUUUGCAUUAUUUAUGUUUAUUAAUGUUAAUACAACAAGUUUAUAAUAAUUGAAGCUUCCAUAAUUCCUUGAA